GGUUGUGGUACCGCAGCAGGUUUGACGGAAGGAGCAGCGGCAGCGGAGGAGGAUGGAGGCGGUGGUGUUCGUCUUCUCUCUCCUCGAUUGUUGUGCGCUCAUCUUCCUCUCGGUCUACUUUAUAAUUACAUUGUCUGAUUUAGAAUGUGAUUAUAUUAAUGCUAGAUCAUGUUGCUCAAAAUUAAACAAGUGGGUAAUUCCGGAGUUGAUUGGCCACACCAUUGUCACUGUAUUAAUGCUCAUUUCAUUGCACUGGUUUAUCUUUCUUCUCAACUUGCCUGUUGCCACUUGGAAUAUAUAUCGGUUCAUUAUGGUGCCAAGUGGUAACAUGGGAGUAUUUGAUCCAACAGAAAUACACAAUCGAGGGCAACUUAAGUCACACAUGAAAGAAGCCAUGAUCAAACUUGGUUUUCACUUGCUCUGUUUCUUCAUGUAUCUUUAUAGCCAGAAGUCUAGCUGAUGUCUAAGUCAGAGGAGAAGUUGAAGAAGCAAUGGAGCAACAUAAUCAAACCCCACUAUCUGUUUUCAAGGCAGUCACAUCAUGAAAUGUUCUUAGACUUGCUAGGCUAGUAAAGAAAACUGCUAUAUUUGGUUCGAGACUUAUGAAAUCAGCUUCCUCACAAGUAAAAUUUUGUCAGUAGUUGCGAAAAGUAUCAAUAUACUAGAUGUAAUUGGUUGUCCUAAAAAUCUAAAACUUGUUCUUAUAAGAAAUAGCAAGAUAGAGAAGUAUGAAAUGCUAUGCUUAUUAUCUAGAUCUAAAUCAUCUGAAUUUAUGUACUUUAAAUAUGCUAUUUUGUUAUGUAGGAUAAAGAUUGAAGUAUUAUUGGUAUAGUGAAACUUCAAUUGACAUGGCUAGUCAAAGAAUGAGUUACUUAGGCUUUCUGAGGAUUUGCCAGUAAAGCCUCUUUGUUUUAAGCCACGCUUUUCAUGAAAAUCUACAAGUUGGUAGCCAAUUUUUUCCCUUUGGUUAAAUGACUACAGUCUAAUGACUGAGGAUUAUUCAAAGCCUUAGGGUUAUCAUUCUGAACUGCAGUAAUCAUUGUCAAUUAAAGGCAUUGUUCACUGAGCUAACUUGGUACUGAGCUCAAGUUGCUCUUGAGAGUAAAUUCCUUGGCAAAAGCUGCUUUUGUUUUCAGUGGGGGUGGGGGAGAAGUGAGUGGGGUGGGUGGUCAGAAUCAGCUGAUGAGUGCUCAAAGGUUUGUGGUUUCCUCUUGCUGUACAUUUGGUUUGCUAUAUCUGGUGUGGAGCAAUAGUCUUCAUUUAUUUCAAUUCCCAUUAUACAUUAGAACCUAGACAAAAUGUGAGUUAGUUUAACAAAUACAAAUUCCUAUUCUCUAAUAGACCACCUCUGUGUGUCUGAUGUUGAAUAGCUAUGCUAAGAUUCCAGACAUCUCUCUUAUUCCUAGUUUGCCUCUAAGGGCCCUGUGCUUUUAUAACCCCUACUUUGUUGUUGACCCAAUGGACUUGAUUUCACCUUAUACCGACUAUUCUAGGAGCUAUAUCCUCUUGGGGCAAAAGGCUAGAACUUGAACGAGUUAGGAGCUUCCAUCCUUCCUUUGUCCAAGCUCAGUUCACUCAAACUGAUAACCCAUGAGGGAGAGGAAGAUAUAACAUGGAGUCAAGUUUUCUACCAGAGCUUGAUCAGGCAGCCUAUUUCAUAGAUUGUAUGCAAACUGCAUGAGGAUUGAGUCUGAUGGCAUAAUCAAAAGCAGUAACUUUGGCAGCCGCUAAAUCUACUCUAUCACAAAGUGAUCUGCAGGGCAAAGCUAAUCUUUUGGUGUAACUCUAUAUAAAUAUUCUAACUGUUUUUUGAAGAGAAUGACAGGACUAAUGUAUUACUCGACAAUUUUUAUUUACAUUUACCAGCUAAAAUAAUCAAAAGACAUGUUCUUAAUCCAUUCCUGCAAAUGUGAACCCAUUGUAAAUAGGACCUUUUGAAGAUGUUGCUUUUAGAUAUGGUGUGGCUAACU